CAACGCUGUAUGCGGGUGCCAACUGUAAAUGUCACAAUAUAACCUGUGAAAAAUUUUUGUUCCAUAAUUAUAUCACAUUUUCGCGUAGAUUGAGCAUACAUUUCACCAAAAAGCACUUUGUUAUGCAUUUAUAAUAUAGUUAGAGUCUUAAAUUCGGUUGUUGUUUACACGUUUUUAUUUAAAGUGAAAUAAUUCUUUGUGGUGCAUCUAUUUGUUAUUUAUAGAAUGUUUUCAAAUGGCAUCACAUGCAACCUACCAUUUAAUUGUAUGAGUGUGACCCGCGACUCUGGGUCAGAAGAAUUGCUUUCCAAUAAAAUGGCAAGGGAACCUGUUCUCUUAAAUGUGUAUGAUAUGUACAAAAUAAAUGAGUAUACCUCGAAUAUUGGAUUGGGGGUUUUUCACUCAGGGGUUGAAAUAUAUGGUAUGGAGUAUGCAUAUGGAGGGCACCAGUUCCCGUUUACUGGUAUUUUUGAGAUUAACCCAAGAGAUGAAAAAGAAUUGGGAGAACAGUUCCGGUUUAGACAAACUAUACAAAUCGGUUAUACGGAUUUUACUGAGGAUGACGUUAAAAGAAUUAUAAAUGAGCUUGGAAAAGAAUUCAGAGGUGACAGGUAUCAUUUGAUGAACAAUAAUUGCAACCAUUUCUCAGGAUCCUUAACAAAAAUUUUAUGUGGUCAAGAGAUUCCACCGUGGGUAAAUCGGUUAGCUUACUUUAGUAGUUGGGUUCCAUUUUUGGAAAGAUGUCUGCCCAAAGAAUGGUUGAUGCCAAUGGCUCUGCAACACACAAUAAGUUGUCGAAAAGAUUCCACUUGUUGUCGCACCUGCGUGUCAGAUUUUUCCUGUCUACGUGUAGAAUGUUUUGCGAAUUCCGGUGAUUUAUGGAAGAAAUCGCGUGAAUUGAACGUUUCUAGCUUGAGCCGGAGCUACGGGGUGCGUUAUUGUAUAAAAAUGCACGUUUUGGGGAAAAUUCUUGUGCUUAGUCUCGUCGCUGGGGCCCUAGCGGACGAACAUACACACACGUAUGAUGACAGUGAAGAGGUAGUAUUAUGGAUGAACACAGUAGGUCCCUACCAUAACAGACAGGAAACUUAUGGGUAUUUUUCUCUGCCUUUUUGCAUUGGUUCGAAGGAGACCAUAAGUCAUUACCAUGAGACCCUCAGUGAAGCCCUGCAGGGUGUCGAACUGGAGUUUAGUGGAAUUGAUAUUGAAUUUAAAAACGACAUGAAGAAGGGCGAAUACUGCGCUCAAAAACUGGACGAAGAGAAGUACAAGGAGUUUGUCUAUGCGGUGAAAAACCACUAUUGGUAUCAAAUGUACAUCGACGACCUGCCCAUAUGGGGAGUCGUGGGCGAGAUGAAGGACAACCAGUAUUACAUCUGGACCCACAAGAAGUUCGAGAUCGGCUACAACGGCAAGCAAAUCAUCGACGUGAACCUAACCUCCGAGGAAAAGGUGCUUCUGACACCCACGGCCAUGCUGAGGUUCACGUACGAGGUGAUUUGGAAGCCCACCCAUACGAAAUACGAGGACAGGUUCGACAAGUAUCUGGAUCACAAUUUCUUCCAGCACAGGAUCCACUGGUUCAGCAUUUUCAACAGCUUCAUGAUGGUGAUAUUCUUGGUCGGUCUUGUUUCGAUGAUUUUAAUGCGCACGCUCAGAAAGGAUUACGCCAGGUACAGCAAGGACGAGGAUCUUGAAGAUAUGGAAAGGGAUUUAGGGGACGAAUAUGGCUGGAAGCAAGUUCAUGGUGACGUCUUCAGACCUGCGUCACAAUCUUUGGUGUUUUCUGCACUUAUCGGGGCCGGGCAUCAGUUGACAACGGUGGUUUUUAGUGUUAUUGUGUUUGCCAUCAUGGGAGAGUUGUAUACAGAGCGCGGUUCGAUGUUGUCUACCGCGAUGUUCGUUUACGCAGUCACCUCGCCGAUAAACGGCUAUUUCGGGGGUUCCCUGUACGCGCGCAUGGGCGGCAAGGUGUGGAUACGUCAGAUGGUCGUCUCGGCCUUCAUGAUUCCCGCCUUCGUGUGCGGCACGGCCUUCUUCAUCAACUUCAUAGCCAUCUACUACCACGCUUCCAGGGCGAUACCCUUCGGAACGAUGGUGGCUGUGACUUGCAUCUGCCUGUUUGUCAUUUUGCCGCUGACGUUGGUCGGCACGGUGCUGGGUAGGAACCUUGCGGGACAGCCGGACUACCCGUGCCGGAUAAAUGCCGUGCCUCGGCCCAUUCCCGAGAAAAAGUGGUUCAUGGAGCCGGGCGUCAUCAUUAUUUUGGGCGGGGUCCUCCCAUUCGCCAGCAUUUUCAUCGAAAUGUACUUCAUUUUCACGUCGUUCUGGGCGUACAAAAUCUACUACGUCUACGGCUUCAUGCUGCUAGUUUUCAUCAUUCUGAUGAUCGUCACGGUCUGCGUGACGAUCGUUUGCACGUAUUUUCUGCUGAACGCGGAAGACUACCGCUGGCAGUGGACGUCUUUUCUGGCGGCCGCCUCCACCUCCGCCUACGUCUACGUCUACGCCAUCUAUUAUUUCUUCUUCAAGACCAAGAUGUACGGGCUAUUUCAGACGGCCUUCUACUUCGGCUACAUGGCCCUGUUUAGCGCGGGGCUGGGCAUCAUGUGCGGCACAGUGGGCUACAUAGGCACCAGCCUGUUUGUCAGGAAAAUCUAUUCCACAGUGAAAAUUGACUGAAGUGUUUAUUUAAUUGGGCCACUUAUCUGUAAAUAGUCGAGUUUGUUCGUUUGAUUCCCUUAUUAAUUGAUACAAAGUAAAAACAGUGGACUUUUUUACAUCCCGGGGGACGCACACCCAGUUUGAUUGAUUGAUUGAUUAAUAUUACUGUGAAUGUGUAUUAUAUGCCUAGUGCUUUUCACUUUUAAUUUUAUUGUGAUGAUGUUAAUUAUAAUAAUAAUAAACUUUAUUUAUACAA